CGUCCCAUUCAGUGGCUCUGCUGGAGGAAGACGCUGCUGUGCAGAGAGCUGUUAUAGCAGGUGAUCGCCCUUAUAUGGUAGUGGCCCAGGUCAUGUGACUACAAGAUGGUGGAAGCUGUGAGGUGUUUGUAAGCUGAGCAUCUCCAUCGAGAGGCUGGGAGCAGGAAACCGGCAGAGAACUCGGCAUUUCAUCCAUGCUCUGAGAAGCAGAAGGACACACAUUCCUGAGCCCCAGCAGCGGUCCUCCUGGGGUUGGACCUGGCAUCAGAGAGAAAAAUGAACUCUGAAGGGGGCGAAGGCAGACCAGUCCCUCCUACCUCACUUCCUCUGCAAGGAGGUGCCUCACAGAGAAAGAAACUUUCUGCCCCUAAGAUCAGCCUGUCACUGGACCAGAGUGAGGAUGACUUGGGCGAAACACCAGACGACCUGGACAUUAACGUUGACGACCUUGAAACUCCAGAUGAGGGCGACUACCUGGAUUACACGGAUCAUGAAAUGGACUGGGAAGACCCAAACACAGCCGGUAGUGUUGGAGCAACUGAGCCUUAUGAUUCCAUCCCAACGUAUAGUGCAGAGGAGGAGCGACAGGACGGGAAACUCUGGAGGACAGUCAUCAUUGGGGAGCAGGAGCACCGCAUCAACAUGAAGAUCAUUGAACCCUACAUGAGGGUCGUCUCACAUGGAGGUUACUAUGGGAACGGAGUAAAUGCCAUCAUCGUGUUUGCUGCCUGUUUUCUGCCAGACAGUGACAGAGAAGACUACCACGAAAUCAUGGAGAACCUCUUUCUCUACGUGAUCAGCACACUGGAGCUGAUGGUGGCCGAGGACUAUAUGAUUGUGUACCUGAAUGGAGCCACGCCCCACAGAAGAAUGCCUGGCCUUGGAUGGCUGAAGAAAUGCUAUCAGAUGAUCGACAGAAGGCUCAGGAAGAAUUUGAAGUCCUUCAUUAUUCUUCACCCAUCGUGGUUCAUCAGAACUGUUCUAGCCGUGACCAAGCCCUUCAUCAGCGCCAAGUUCAGCAGCAAGAUAAAGUAUGUGAACAAUUUGGAUGAACUGCAGGAGCUCAUCCCAAUGGAACAGGUCCAGAUCCCAGAGUGCAUCAUUAGACUGGACAAGGAGCUGAAGGAAGCAGCCGAGAACUCAAAAGUGAACAGUUUCCUGCAGGGAAUGGAGCCAACAGCGUCCGGCAGAGCAGACAGAGUGGACCCAGCGGGUGCCAGCAGCUCCUAAACCCAAACAUCCUGAAGAGUCACCUCAAAGUCCUGCAAACACCAUGAUAUGAUUGAGGCAGGAAAGGCGGAUGCGAAGCAGUGAGUUGAGCUGCUGUGCUUUUGUGUAGACUUUCAAAUGAAACUACAUUUUACAAGAGAUUACUUUCAGUUUUACUCUCUAUAAAAGUACUCUGUAGCAUCUACCAGUCCGUGCACCUGCAGUCUGCAGAAGCUGUAAAGUGGAGCACGAGGCUUGGCAGCAUCUACAGAGUAGCAUCAAUGUUCACAGUAGGGUGGAGGAAACGCAAUUUACACUGGACAGAGCACCGGGCAAACCCAUUUAUAGAGUCUAUAGUGUUGUAUUGUAGUUGUAUGCAUGAGAAGCAGUGAUGCAAUAAUGUCACCUUCAGUGGUUACACUGCCUCAGUACUUCAGAGCAAGAUUCAACGUGUGCAUCAGCAAACAACAAUAUAAACACAAGGUGAGACCAAAAAAAAAAAAACACCUUGUGCCAUAAAUUAACUUUUGCAUCUCACCAGCCCAGUACUCUGUCCUCAAACACAUACACAUUCUAUCCUAGAUAUAUACUCUAAACUGUUAGGAAAUAAAUAGAAGGAGAAGCUGAACAGAUUACAACAAUCGUCACAUUGUGUCAGUAGAAAAAAAAAGACAAAAAUGUCUCCAUCCCCUCUAUGUUGAGAUGUUCGUGUUAUAAUUAGCUCAAAAUAUCACUGCAAAUGCAAAGCAACAUAAAGUGGUUUCCAAGGAGAGACCACUCCACUGAGGCGCCCCCGUGCUGUUACAGAGAGCAGACUCUUAAAGUCAUAACAGCAUUAAUCACCUUUAUGUUGCCUCUACAGUACAACUGCGCACUGUACAACAGUGUGAUCAAAUCUACAGUGUGAAAAAAAUAUAUUUGUUGGAUCUGAUGCUCUUUUUUUCUACUGACUCAACAGUACUGUGUUGAAACCUGCCAUGUUCCUCCAUUAAAUAUUACAUCAGGUGAAAAAUGCCAUGUGAGUACAAGUCAGUUUAGCCACGUUCUCUGAGUGUGUGUGUGCGUGCGUGUGUGUGUGUGUGUUUUCAACUGUUAACUGUCAGAUGCAUAAUUUAAGAUUGAAGAUCUCUUUAAAGCACAAUGUCAUAUUUGUGUGUGAAUAUCUACACCUGUGUGUGCACUUGUGCUUGUUCCCACAGAGGUAAAUGAUGCUCUUUAUCAAUGAAUCUCCAAUAUGUUGUAUUGAAUAAAAUAAUGAAUCACUGUCUAAAAAUUCAAUAAAAUUGAAUUUCAGUCA